AUGGCGCUGAAUGAUGAGCAACUUGUAUCCCUAGUGCAAGAUAAAAAGGAGCUCUACGACAAGAGCAACCCUCUGUAUAAGUUGCAGGGAAGAAAAGCCAUGAUAUGGGAACAGAUGGGAAAGGAGCUGGGCACAAGUGGUGAGGUAUGCAGACGGAGGUGGUUAGCUCUGCGCGAUCGCUAUGGCAGAGAAGCCAGAAAAUCGGAAGCACUAUCAGGCAGUGGAGCAGACUACCAGAGGCCGUGGUAUCUGCUUAAAAGCAUGUCGUUUUUAAGGCCGGAUGUUAUUCCUCGACCGUGCUCACAAAAUGUGUGCCCAGCAGUACCCUCGCUUACGCCUUCAACUGCUACUACUACGCUCUCACCGUUGCCAAUAGUGCCAGAAGAAGAGUUUUUGGAUGAUGUAGAUCCACCAUUCCCAUCAACAUCAGCGACAUCUCCACCCCAGUCACAGCGAACUAGCGGAAAAAAACGGGACAGAAGUGCUGAGGUGGAGAAUGGCAUCUUGGAAGCGAUCGGUCUGUUGAAAAAGAGAUGCCUGGAGAAAGAAAACAGACCAAACAACUCGGCGGACUCCUUCGGUUGCAUGAUUGGCUCAAUGGUUGCCAAAAUGAGUGCAGCUAAGCAAGCCCGGGCCAUGCAAGGAAUCCUCGACGUUAUAUUUAAAAUACAGCAGGAGCCGGAAUGA